CGCUACAUGUGCCAUGAGUGUGGGAAAAACUUCAAUUGGAGCUCUGCCCUUAUCAGACAUCAGACAAUCCACAGAGGUGAGAAACCUUAUGAAUGCUCUGAGUGUGGGAAAUGCUUCAUCGAUAGUUCAGCCCUCAUCUCACAUCAGCGAAUCCACACAGGAGAAGCGCCCCACACAUGCUCAGAGUGCGGGAAAAGCUUCAAUCAGAGCUCAGACCUUAUCAGACAUCGUAGAAUCCACACAGGAGAGACGCCCUACACAUGCUCUGAGUGUGGGAAAAGCUUCAAUCGGAGCUCAAACCUUAUCAGACAUAGGAAAAUCCACACAGGAGAAAGGCCCUACACAUGCUGUAAGUGUGGGAAAAGCUUCAGUCAGACCUCACACCUUAUCAGACAUAGGAAAAUCCACACAGGAGAAAGGCCCUACAUAUGCUCAGAGUGCGGGAAAAGCUUCAAUCACCCCUCUGCCCUUAUCACACAUCGAAGAAUCCACACAGGAGAAAGGCCCUACACAUGCUCAGAGUGCGGGAAAAUCUUUAGUCAGAGCUCUGCCCUGAACACACAUCGUAGAAUCCACACAGGAGAGAAGCCAUACACGUGCUCUGAGUGCGGGAAAAGCUUCAAUCAGAGCUCAAACCUUAUCAAACAUAGGAAAAUCCACAUGGGUGAGAAAUCUUAUGGAUGCUUUGAGUGUGGGAAAUGUUUCUUUAAUCGUUCAGACCUCAUCUUAUAUCAGAGAAUCCACACAGGGGAGAAGCCCUACACAUGCUCUGAGUGCAGGAAAAGCUUCAGUCAGCGCUCAAGCCUC